CACCCAUUUUUCAUCAAUUUUCUAACCUCAUACUACUUGUGUCCGGGUCAACUAGCCCCGAACGGUUGGAGGUUAUUAGUGUAUUUCUUCAUACUGUGUAGGUGCCUCGAGGUUGAACCUAGGGUCAACCUACUUCGAAUGGUCUUUGAUAUGAAAUUCUCCCCGGGGUAUAACUGUUUUGUUUAUUUAUCCACAAGGGGGGGGGGUUUAGAACUCCUGAUACCCGGAGCUCACUUAGGGGUUGGAAGGAACGUUUCUUUUUUGUGAAGCCUCAAGACCUCGAUCAUCGUUUUAGCCCGAGGUAGGAAGUCCCCGAUAAGGAUAGGUUUAAUGAAGGUUAGACCUAUUUUGAGGUUCUAGAGAGAGAUAGGCUGAGAUUAGUGAACUACGACCCCCUUGCAGACAAGAUCGAUUAUUUGCUUGAAGACGACACCCUCGACCUUGCUAACGUGAAAGGCCUCGAGGGUACGAUCUUUCUUUUUAUGUAAUCUUUGCUAUUUCAUGUGUAAACAUCGAUCUAUAGUUCGAGCUAAUGCCUUGUUGUAUUUCUACUCGUAGAAUUUGAGAUGUCUUUCGAUCUGUCAGCCCUAUUGAACAACGUUCACAAAAAGGCGAAGGGCCCGAAGUCAAAAGCCCCGACGACGACCUCGUCCAAAGGAAAAAAGCGGGCACGGGAGGCCUCCGUCCAACCAUGGUGGACCUGGGGCAGAGCUCACAAAACCCGACCCCUCCAAGGCAGCCAACCCCCCAACAACAAGUUCGAGUUCGUACCCCUUGUUAUGGGUCAAACCUCUUAGCUGAUGAUGACGACCAUAUGCCCACCAAGCCGCUCGAGGAGUACGCCGGCUGUGCUCUCAUCCAGGGCAUAGUUGAUAAGUAUGAGAAGGAGGUCGAGAUGAAUGAAAGAGUUCGAACUCUCGAGCUCCUUACACUGAAGACACUAAUCGUAGCUCGGGGUCUGGGGCUCAGGGGAUUGAAUUCCUCAGAUCGCAUAGCCGAGCUUGAGGUUAAGAGCGAGGUUGCAUUUAAGAAGGUCCAGCAGCUUGAAAGGGCCCUGGAGGCGGCCAAUGCGGACCUUAAGAAGGCUGAGGACGAGGUCGGGUUGGCAAGGGACGAAGCUGAGGAGGCGAAGCUUGAGCUCAUUCAGUCCCGAAGCGCUUUUGAGGCGGAGCUUGCGAAUGUUCGAGCAGAAGUCCAAGCUCAGACUGUCGAUGACUUUAAGAAGUCUGAUGAGUUCAAGACUCUCCUAGGUCAGUACGGGUUUGGCUUGUAUUACUAUGGGUUGCGGCUAGCUCGUUCAUUCCUUAGGACCAAGCUCCCCGAGGAUUUGAAGCCCAUAGUCGAGGAGUUAAAGACUGUGAACGAGCUCGCUAAGGACCUCGAGCUAUCCUCCUCUGAAGGUGACGGGGAUGAUGAUGACGACGAUGCUGAGACCCCCGACAAUGGAGGGGGAGUGACCCCAUCGACCAAGAUUAGGCCCUUCCCCGACCCCGAGACUGACAUUUUUGUAACUUUUUCUUUUUGCUCAUGUUGUCUGCCCGAUUUGGGUUUAUGA